AUGUUCGGGAAGCCAUUUUGCCAUGCAUUCCACGUGCUGCCUAAGAUCGCUGGCAGUGGCAGCGCGCCACCACCGCCGGUACCAUACAUCUACAGCUUUCACGACGACGACAAGGAGCUUUGGAUCUGUCAUCCCGUUGGAAGCGCCGACCUGCCGAAGAAGUUUGAAGGGCCCGGCUUCAGCCGCCUCAAACGAGUGGAGCAGGAGAAGGAGGAGGAGACAGGAGACGAGUCUCAGCCGCUAGAUGUGCGGUGCUCCCGGUACAUGCGGGAAUUCUGCGAUAUCUUGCCGCUCCUUCCUCCACAGCUGCCUGAGACGCCCUCCCAGGAGGAGGUGAGCCAAGAGAUGCUGCUGAUGGAGCGCGUCACCAAGCUGAAAAAGCAGUUUGGGCGCGAGGUCCAUCAGAGAGCGAUGGAGCUGGCGAAGGGCGCCGCUCCUUGCGACUCCUUGGAGGUUUAUGCCCUGGCCACCGGCCUCCACGACAGGCUCGUAGCGCGGAAGGUAAUCGCUGCGGAUUGCCAAGUGGUCGGGCCAGCCCAGACAGCAAAGGCACCAGAUGCGCUGAAUACCAACGCACAGCCUGCGGAGAAGGAGGCCCAGAUUCAGCCCAAGAGCGAGCAAGGCCUCUUGGAAAUUAUGGCCGGACUGGUGCGAAAGCUGUGUUGCAAGUAA